AAAAGAGCCUGCAGCCGCGUUCAAAAACCCUAGCUACGUUGCAGGGGCUGAGCGUUUAGGAGCGAUAGUUCACAUCUCCGCGGCCUCUUCUUGCUGCAUCGACGAUGAAGUUCAACAUUGCGAAUCCGACCACUGGCUGCCAGAAGAAGCUCGAGAUUGACGAUGACCAGAAGCUCCGGGCAUUUUUUGACAAGAGGAUCUCCCAGGAGGUCAAUGGAGACGCAUUGGGUGAGGAGUUCAAGGGCUAUGUGUUCAAGAUUAUGGGAGGCUGUGACAAGCAAGGUUUCCCCAUGAAGCAGGGUGUGUUAACUCCUGGUAGGGUGAGACUCUUGCUGCACAGAGGCACACCGUGCUUCCGUGGCUAUGGGAGGAGAAAUGGAGAGCGAAGGAGAAAAUCUGUUCGCGGCUGUAUUGUUAGCCCCGACCUGUCUGUUUUGAACUUGGUGAUUGUCAAAAAGGGUGAGAACGAUCUCCCUGGACUAACCGAUACCGAGAAGCCUAGGAUGAGAGGUCCGAAACGAGCUUCCAAGAUCCGCAAGCUCUUCAACCUCUCUAAGGAGGAUGAUGUGAGAAAGUAUGUCAACACAUACCGCCGAACAUUCACCACCAAAUCCGGCAAGAAAGUAAGCAAGGCUCCUAAGAUUCAAAGGCUGGUGACUCCCCUGACACUGCAGAGGAAACGAGCAAGAAUCGCCGACAAGAAGAAGAGAAUCGCGAAAGCUAAGUCGGAGGCAGCCGAGUACCAGAAACUCCUCGCUAGCCGAUUGAAGGAACAAAGGGACAAGCGCAGCGAGAGCCUGGCUAAGAGAAGAUCCAAACUCUCCGCAGCCUCGAAACCAUCCGUCGCCACCGCGUAAGCCCAUUUCAUGAUUAUCCUCAACACUCGGCAUUGUUUUUUCCCUAUUUCUGCCUAAAAUGAGUUUUUAGAUCGAAUGCUACUUUUAAGUGUUGAAUCCUUAGAUUUACAUUAUGACAGUCGACAUUUAUAUUAUGAAACUUUCCUAUGCUUUA